ACAGUAUGCUAGUGGAAAGCUAAUCAUGACUGAUUGGUUGUGAUUUAGGAGAUUCUUUGACUAGAUUAGUAGGUUAAUCAGCGGCGGUAUUGCAGGCAUUGGUCUUUGUAGUGCGAGGUGUAACCUAUUUAGUGAUUAUAAUGACUGAGGUGAAAACGGCUCAAGAGGAGGAAACAUCAGAGCGGAGAAACACACCCAAUACACAUAGAGGCAUACAAUGUAUAAAUAUCCCAGAGGAGCAGGACUUAAGGCACAGUGUGUGUGAGGAACAUUACUAUGGAUUUACUGCCGCUGCUUGUGUUUCUUCUGCUCUGCGCCGUCCAUCAGACCUUCACAGCUGUUUUAGGUAAAAACACAGAGUCCAGAAACCUGUUCACAGAGAGAGCCUGCUGCAGACGCCAGAGCCACAUCAUCUACAUUGGCAAAGAUAUUUCUGGCAGUCCUGUGAAUGCUGAUGUGGGUGUGUGCAGAACGCAUUGUGGCCAAUCAGCGCGUUCUACGUCAUUGGAGGCGGGGUUAAUGAGCUCUAAACAUCCCUCAGUGCUUGAUUUCCUGCGACACAAAAAGAUGAGGCAUCUGGAUCCAUCCUCCUCCUCUGGAGCUGCAGCGCCCAUCAGCGGUUCCCCGUCCUGUGGACUGAGCUCCACCUGCGAGCCGGCCGGGGUGCGUGUGGACCGCGUGAUGCUGUAUGAAGGUCUACGGGAGGUCGAGAUCAUCGAGGACUGUCACUGCGAAGCCAAAAUGAGCCGGUGUGUCCGAGCGCCAUCUCUGAAAACAUACCACUCUGAGACUCCGUACGAAAGCGUCAUAGAUGCAGGCAAAUGUGUCGGGUCGAAAGGGGCACCAGAGGGAUUUUCAUGUGUACCGACUAAGUUUGAUUCCACCCUCAUUGAAACUCCAAACAAAGUGGAGCUGAUCCAAACGGUGGCCCAGUGCAAACUAAUGGAGGGAUGCUACCGAAUCCCGUAUGUAGAGUAUCAUUACGAGAUCACGUACAACGAUGACGGAGUCCAAGUAGAAAGUCUGAGGGGAUUUUCAUGUGUACCGACUAAGUUUGAUUCCACCCUCAUUGAAACUCCAAACAAAGUGGAGCUGAUCCAAACGGUGGCCCAGUGCAAACUAAUGGAGGGAUGCUACCGAAUCCCGUAUGUAGAGUAUCAUUACGAGAUCACGUACAACGAUGACGGAGUCCAAGUAGAAAGUCUGAGGUUUAUUCUGAAUGAUAUAUCGCUGUUUGCUUUGACACUUCGCUGCUUCAGAGUUGCUGUAGGUCUCUCGGUCACCUCUCUGAGCAGUUUCCUCCGGCUCUCUCAUCCAGUUUGGAGCGACGUCCUGAUCCAGGGAGGGAGCUCGUCUGAUCUCGGUGAAUGUCUGCUGUGGGCUGAAGGACAGGGCAAUGCUUGUGUUCCUCAAGACUACGAGAGCCACACGUUCCCCAGUCAACAUGGCCAAAUCCGCACUGUUCUGGCCAUCACUUCCUGUCUAUGCCAGUCUUAA